UUCCUAUAAAAGGGCUCGUAGCCAAGCGAAGAUAAAAAAACAAAAAGCCUACAGCUUCCGAGUUCUCUCUUAUUCACUCAGUCACUGACUCAGAGGUUGGAGGAUGGUGAACACUAUGGCAUUCAUGGGAAAUCAAUGGUCUCAAGGAGCUGGAAUGAACCAAAUAGGCUUUGCCAUGGCAAUCGCGGCCUCAAUGGUGGUCAUAACCAUGUUGCAACAAUUUCUCUUCCAGCACUUCGCUGGCUACGUAGAAAGAUGCAUUCGCAAACUCGUGAGUUCAUUGGAUCCAUAUGUUCAAAUAAAAUUCCAUGAAGACACCUUCAAUGGCGGACCCAAAAACCACGAAGCCUACGCCGCCAUCGAGACCUACCUCAGCGCCAAUUGCUCCGCCCAAGCCCCCCGCCUCAAGGCCAACGCUGUCAGAGACAUCAAAACUCCCGUCCUCUGCGUCGACGACGGCGAAGGCGUCGACGACGAGUUCAGAGGCGUCAAGGUUUCCUGGCAUCUGAGCAAAGACAAAGACCCAAACGAGGGUCUCCGUGGCUCAAGAAAGAACAGGUACUAUGCGCUUACGUUUCGAAAAACUCAUCGGAAAAUGGUGAUUGAAGAGUACUUGAAGCAUGUAAUGGAAAAGGGAAUUGAAACAGUGACGAAAAAUCGGCAGCUGAAAUUGUACUCGAAUAGUGCUAGUGAGCAAGGAGGUUACUGGAACUAUAUAAUGGAAUUCGACCACCCCGCCACCUUCGAAACUGUUGCCAUGGAGGAGGAGAAGAAGAAGGACAUUAUUAAUGAUCUGAAAAAGUUUUCUAAAGCGAAAGAGUAUUAUAGGAGAAUUGGAAAGCCCUGGAAAAGAGGGUACCUUCUCUACGGACCUCCAGGCACGGGUAAGUCCACCAUGAUUGCCGCAAUGGCGAACGAGUUGAAUUACGAUGUUUACGACCUCGAAUUGACUGCGGUUUCAAGCAAUGCGAACCUGAAGAGGCUGUUGAACAGAACACCCUGUAAUUCUAUUCUUGUGAUUGAAGACAUUGAUUGCUCGAGCGACAUUACGGGUCAGAGAGAGAAGAAACAGAGCGAUGACAUGGCCAAGUUCGAGAAAGUGACGCUGUCUGGGCUUCUCAAUUGCGUGGAUGGUCUCUUCUCGGCAUACGACGGUGGGAGGGUGAUGGUAUUCACGACCAACCACGUCGAGAAUCUCGACUCGGCACUCAUUCGGAGGGGGAGAAUGGACAAGCACAUUGCGAUGUCAUUUUGUGGGUUUGAAGCUUUCAAGUUUUUGGCAAACAACUAUUUGGGUAUUGAGAAUCAUGAGUUGUUCCCCAAAAUUGAAGGGUUGUUGAAGCAGACCCACAUUACUCCGGCUGAUGUGGCCGAGAACUUGAUUGCCGACGACGACGAUGAGGGCUCUGCCGAUGCUUGCUUGCAGACAUUGAUCGAAGUUUUAGAGAAGAAAGUGGAGGAAGAGAAAUCAAGAUUGUUGAAUGAUGAUGAGAAGAAAACUGAGCCAGACAGAGCAGUGGAAGAGAAUGGAACAGGGGCUAAGGGAAAUGGCCAUGUGUAUUAAUCUGGUUCAUCAGUUUUAAUUCAAAGCAAUUAGUAAUGUGGUAGUGUAAUCACUUUCUGAAUGUUUUAUUAUAUGUGCUAGUGAUCUAGUGGAUUGUAAUUUUCAGUUUAUUGUGUUCAAGCUUGGGAUGAGAAAAUUGAUCCCGUCGAUGCGUUUGGUUCUCGAGAAAAUGAAUUAAUGGGAUGAGAAAAUUGUGAGGAUAAA